AAAAAAAACUGUGUGUUAAUUUUGUACUUUGAAUGACAAACGUACAAGUAGAGAGUUAAAUGCCACACUCUCAGAUUCAGAUGUCAUCCCUCCAACAACAAUUCUAAGAUUUCCCACCUCCGAUCUUCUGAUUAUGUGCUACAUAUAGAUUGUAGGUAAACCUGUUUAUGAACCUUUCUGGGAGCAGAGCUUGCUUUGGCUAUGACUCUUAUGCAUGUUACAAGUUACCGAACAUGAUACUGCGUUUUGAGUUUGACAAGAUAUGGAGGAGACAAAGGACGUUAGUAGGCUGGUGGAAGCACCAGAUCAUAAUACCCAAUGGUGGCCAUCAGGUCUUAUCGAUAAACUGCGGUCAAUUGCUCUCGUAUCUUCAGAUGAAAGCUCAAGCUCUAAAGGACCAAAAGGUCAACAUGAAUUUGGGACUAGUCUAGCAUUUCAAAUUGCGUCACAAACUUUGUGGGACACUGGAAAACUAGCUGAACCAAUUCCUGAUGGUUUCUAUUUUGUCAACCCAGAAAGAAGAUUUAAGGAACUUUUUGAUACUAUACCCUCUUUAGACGAGCUUCAUGCUUUGGAUGUGGAGGGGCUCAGGCCCAACGUUAUUCUUGUUGAUACACGUAAAGAUAAGAAGCUUUCCAUGUUAAAGCAGCUUACUAUCACUUUGGUGAAGGGAUUGAAUUCUAAUCCUGCUGCCAUGAUCAAGAAGAUAGCUGGACUGGUCUGUGAUUUUUUCAAAAGACCGAAGUUGGAACCUGAUCAUGUUAAAGGUGCACUUGAAGAAGUCUCUCAUGCACUAGAUAAUCAAGGUAUUCAUAUGCUGGGCCACAUAAAACACGGCUCUUGCCAUUCGAGAGCUAUCUUAUUCAAAGUUCUUGCUGAUACUGUUGGCCUCGAAAGUAUGCUUAUGGUGGGGUUACCUAGAGAAGGAGUAAUGGAGCGAACGGAUACAUAUAAGCAUAUAUCUGUCAUAGUAGUUUUGAAAUCUGUAGAACUUUUGGUCGAUCUUGCACGUAAUCCUGGAAAGUUAUUACCAUGUUCGGCUAAGGCAGUCUUUCUAUGUCAUCUCUCUGCCGGUGAAAGUGAUUCUGCAGAAAAUGACUCGUAUGAUUCACCCAUUGAACCAAACAGUCCUCUAUGUGGCCUUUCAGACAGAACAGAAGUCGAAGGGUUAUCUCACAGUGAACCAAAUUUGGCAAAUUCAUUUUGGCGGCGCAGCCGGAAAAAAGUCAUUGCUGAACAAAGGACAGCGAGUUCAAGUCCCGAGCAUCCUUUUUUUCGUGGACAUGGGAGAUCUUUGCUUGGAGGUCACAGGCAUUCGUUCCGAGAGUACGAAAAUGAUGUUAACGCAUCAAGGUCUGCUGGUGCAUCUCCUAUAGAAGCUCGUAGGAGAAGAAGGCGCUGUAUUAGCAUGAUUCCGGAGAUUGGCGAUGAUACCGUAAGGGCCGUUCGAGAAUUGAGUGAGACUCUCAAGAGAAAUCAUUAUCAAGAGGAACGAGUAAAUUCGACUCUAAGUUGUUCCACAAGUGAAAACAAUAACAGUUCAGAUCUUCGAGAAAGUGUGUCAAGAUUCAGCCAAGAUGGUCAUGAUGGAAUAUAUGGUCAAAAAGCCUUGACAUAUAAUCAUUUUCCUCUGAAACAAAUUAAUUCUCACAAAGCAAUGUCGUUGCCUUCUUCUCCUCAACAUUCCGGUAAUCAAGCUUCUGUGAGGAGUGAUGCAAAGGAGAUAUUUGUGAGUCCUGAUAUGAUGUCGACAUUUAAUAAAGUGCUUGAAUCAUCGAAGAUCUUAAACAAGCCUUUGUUACCCUUUCAAGAAUGGAACAUCGAUUUCUCCGAACUAACCAUCGGAACUCGUGUAGGAAUUGGAUUUUUCGGUGAAGUUUUCCGUGGCUCCUGGAACGGGUUAGAGGUUGCGAUCAAAGUUUUUCUAGAACAAGAUUUGACUGUUGAGAAUAUCGAAGAUUUUUGCAAUGAAAUAUCUAUCUUGAGCCGCAUUCGCCACCCAAAUGUUAUACUGUUCCUUGGGGCUUGUACAAAGCCUCCUCGGCUCUCCCUAGUUACCGAAUACAUGGAGAUGGGAUCACUGUAUUACUUAAUCCAUGCAAGUGGGCUGAAGAAGAAGCUUAGCUGGCAACGGAGACUCAAAAUGCUUAGUGACAUAUGCAGGGGGCUAACGACUAUCCAUCGCAUGAAAAUCGUGCACCGUGAUCUGAAGAGUGCAAAUUGCCUAGUCAACAAGCAUUGGACUGUGAAGAUAUGCGACUUUGGGCUUUCGAGGGUACUCACAACCAGGCCCAUCAAAGAUUCUUCUUCCGCUGGAACACCUGAAUGGAUGGCUCCUGAACUUAUUCGCAACGAGCCCUUCACGGAAAAAUGUGACAUUUUUAGCCUUGGGGUUAUAAUGUGGGAGCUCUGCACACUUAACAGACCAUGGGAAGGCAUUCCAUCUGUACAAGUGGUUUAUGCUGUUGGCAAUGAUGGGCAGAGGCUAGAAAUCCCUGAUUGUCCUCUGAGCAAGCUAAUAGCAGAUUGCUGGAAAGAAGCAGAUGAAAGACCCAACUGUCAGGAGGUUCUUUCACGCCUUCAAGAAUGCGAGUCCUCUUUGUGCUGAUGAUGAUAAUAAUGCUUCUUUCUUGUUAUCGAAAAAAACUCGUUACAUGGUACCCCCUGUGAAUCGUAAUAUUUGACGAAUCAAGAAUUAGAAAAUGUUCGCAGGUUUUUGUGUAGUAAUGCAAUGAAAAACUCGUUUAUC